GCAGAUUAGUACUGAUAACAUGUUGUAUAUAAGGCUGUAGCUGAGAAAGAGAAACAUGAUUAAAAAAGAUGGAUCUCCUGCUGCUUGUACUGCUUCUUGUGGCUCCUGCUCACUCCUGGCUGUCCCUAGAAGACUGGGGCUCUGGCAGUGUGGAAGGCUCCGUCGGGGAGUUUGGACAGUGUGUCUGUUACGUGUUCCUGCCUGAUACUUCAUUCCCAGCAGACCGUGUGGAGCAGAUGCAGACCACCUCGAAUCAACUGUCUGUAGAGGUCAAGCUCCAGAUCAUCAAGAUCAGUAGUUUGAAGGUUCAGCUGGAAGUUCUUCUCGGCAGUCUCUCCAACCUGACAACUCGUGUGGAGAGUCUGGAGAGCGGACCGGACAAGUACAUCAAACUGGAGUUUGAGCUGCUCCGCAUUGAGCUCAGAGAGUUUGAGGCUCUGGUCACACAACUGAAAGCAUCUCUGAACUCAUCUUCACCGGCCUUCGAGAGUCUCUACAUUGAGAUUCGCAAUAUGAGUUUAAUCGUUGACCAACUGGAGAGCUACGACCGCAGCAAUUUAGAAGUGAUUCGCAUCGAGUUCGCCAAACUUCAGAGGAAACUGGAGAAAUGCCAAGAUGAUAAGGAUGACUUCUCUAAUGCAGAAAUAGGGUCUUGUAAGCAUGGAGGUAUUCUCAGAUUGGGAAAGCCUGUCGUCAGCCAGCUGAAUGCAGAUCUGAGUGCAGGUUAUAAGUAUGGAGGAUGGGGCAAAGACUCAAAUCCCCUGCCUGGUUCUGAAAACAUGUACUGGUACUCCGGCUCUAGCAACACUCUGGUCAGCAGAAUCACACAGUACUCUGACUACUACAAACUGAUCAUGAGACAGGGCUAUAAGACACAUGAGCUUUAUGUCCAAAAUAGAUAUGAUUGGCGAGGCACUGGAAACAACUACAUUGUGCGGGAAAACACCCUGUACUAUCAGUUCAGAAGCCCUUUUGCUAUGGGAAAGCUCAACAUGACUAGUGUAAAACUUGAGUACAAGGUGAUUCCUACGGCCAGUGCCCAAUUCUCAUAUCAUUACUCAGCCAACCAGAACCUGGACUUUGCAGCCGAUGAGUCCGGCCUGUGGGUAACCUACGCCACGGACGGAUCGAAGGGUAAACUGGUUUUAGGGAAGAUCAAUGAAGUGUCAUUUGAAGUAGAGGAGGUUUGGCAGACCAGUAUUUUUAAACCAUCUGUAGGAAACACUUUCAUGAUAUGUGGGGUUCUGUAUGCCACAAGGUCUGUAGACACUAAAACUGAGGAGAUCUUUUACACCUAUGACACCAAUAAAAAUGAGGAAAGCUACAUUAGCAUUCCCUUUGAGAAGUUCCAGGACUUUUACAUGUAUCUGGACUACAAUCCCACUGAUCAGAGGCUUUACAUGUUCAACAACGGUUACUAUGUCUAUUACAAUGUCAAGUUCAAGGUUGCUUAGAUGAACUUCUGCUUUCAAAAUGACUUGACAAUGUAAUCCAUUUCAUGUGGAAAUGCAAAUACUACAAUAAAAUGAUACACAAGCAUAA